UUUCGAACGUACCGCGGGUUACAGUGUCAGUCAACAUCGGCCGAUCAACAGACACGCAACCGUCUGAGAACUGUUUUGUUAACCCACAACUGGCUCGACAUAAUUUGAAUACGUUCAGAAGAGUGUCUAACGAGAGUCACAAAUGGAGCUACUAGAAAUGGCUAAAUUUAUAUACGAUCUGUUGGUGUUCACGGGGAUGACAGUCAUUUACAUAAUGGAGGCAGUUUUAUUAACAUUCAUUCCCCGGCACUAUCGUGCAAAGUCUGUGAAGGGUGAGAUUGCUUUGAUAACCGGAGGCGCAGGUGGAAUCGGAAGCCUAAUCGCGAAGAAGCUGGCAAAACGCGGAGCUCAUGUGGUCAUUUGGGACAUUAACGAUAUUGGUACGAAGGACACGGUUCGAGAAAUAAGAGAAGAGGGUGGUAAAUGUUGGGGUUACCAUUGUGAUAUUACAAACAGAGAUGAAGUGUAUAGAACAGCAAAGACCGUGCAGAUUGAAAUAGGCUCUGUAACAUUGCUGAUAAACAAUGCCGGUUACGUAUGUGGAAAAACGUUAUUGAACCUGCCUGAUCAUGAAAUUGAACGUACUUAUAGGAUUAACAUACUUUCACAUUAUUGGAUUACUAAGGCUUUCAUGAAGGAUAUGAUGAAAAACAAUCAUGGCCACAUCGUGACUGUGGCCAGUAUAGCUGGACUUCUUGGAACUUACAAAUGCACUGAUUACUCAGCUACAAAAUUCGCAGCUAUAGGGUAUCACGAGAGCCUCUACAGCGAACUUAAAGCUCAUGGGUAUGAUGGAAUUCACAUGACUCUAGUAUGUCCCUCUUACAUUAAAACCAAGAUGUUUGAAGGGGUGAAACCUAGAUUAACACAAAUGUUAGAACCUGACCUUGUGGCUAAAAAUGUUGUAUCAGGAAUAUUAGUAAAUCAAGCAGUUGUAUUAAUACCGGGAGCUGUCAGGUUUCUACUUCCACUUAAAUUCUUACUGCCAGCAAAGUCAUGUUGGGCUAUGAUGUAUAAUAUUAUUGGCGGACCACAAUCUAUGAUGACAAUGAAAGAAAAAAGAGAACAGCAUAUACCAAAAAAUAACAAUAACAAUAUAAUAAUACCUAAUAAAACAAGUAUACAAUAAUAUACAAUUAAAAAC